AUGACUGCGGGCAUUACUAAGGUUACCAAAGUCGUCGCAGUUACAUCUUUCGUAGAUUCAAUGGGGUUGUCUUCAUCAUCAGCUGUGUCAGAUCAGUCGCACGGAGUUGAUGUCAUCACCAAAGUUGUCAGAGUCGGACCUACUACGGUUAAUACCGCAAACUGCCAACCAUUGCUCUGCAGUCUCAAUGUGGCGUCGGUCUCGGUGUUUUAUUGGCCCCAGCAGUCCGCAAACACAGCGUGUCUCUCCACAAUAUCCAGUCCACCAUCAGCGCUGCCCCCAGCGGGAUUAAACCCGCAAUCUUCAAGUAUAUACGCCAUCUUCUAUUCAUUAAGCCUUAGCAAUGGCUGCGGUAGCCUUAGCACGACCUACGAUUCAAUCACGAUGUCCUUCACCCCCGGCGCCCUAUCGACCGUGAACCCUUUCGGAGACUCUGCCGAGGUUUUCAAUUUUGCCGAUCUGCCCUGUCCGCCACCAGGUCUAUAUGUGGAGCCCGGACAAUUGUACCAGCCUCAAUUUGCACCACCGCGAGCAUUUUUCAGUAGCCUACGGGCCGCGGACCCGGCUGCCUUACAGGGCUGUUCCGAUGGGGUGUGGGCGGACGGCUGGACUGAUCCUCCAAUAGCUUUCAUCACGGCUGGCGCCCUCACAGGGCCUGGGUUGGCGGGCGGAGGUCGUCCUCCCCGUCGGAUAAGGAAUAUACCAGCGAAUGCACAUGUAACAGCGAGGACUCCGACUAAGACUGCCGACGCCCCAUAG